AUGCAGUGCACAAAUGGCGACAAGAAGCGGUUGCGUUCAGUGGCGAAUGUUCGAAAAGUGACGAACGGACUUCGAGCAAGUGCUGGCUGGGAGACGACGGAUGGACAGUCGGACAGUUCUGUGGCGGCUUUCUGA